AUGAGCGAUUCCGAUGUUGACCCCAAAGCCUGGCCGGAUAUUUUAAGCCCAACACUGUCCGCCAUCCCCCAAGAGCCCCACAGAAUAUCGACUGCCUGUCUAUCGCAUUACCUGGACAUCUACCAAGCACGUGGAUAUGGCAUAUGGCCAGUCGUCGAUGCCGAAGCACUCACUGCACGGCUUUUGACUCAUCCCGACGAUUUGGAAGCCUACGCACUAGCCACUGCGAUAUGUGCUGCCAUAGUCAGCCAAUUCUCUAUAGAUGCCGAGCCAGGCAGUCCACUCGAGGGCCACUAUCGCGUUCCAAGCGGCACGUUCGAAUCGGAAGCAAAGAAAGCAAGGAACGAGUCCGAUCACUUGGAGAAUGUGACUAUAUUCUCCUUGCUAAGUAGCUUCUUCCUACACGUUUAUUCAGCAAACGUUGGGCGAAUGAACGCUUCCACGGUCCUCCUCGGCGAGGCCAUUUUCAAGGCACACAUCAUAGGCUUACAUAAACCGACACACUACGAGCUCAUGACCGCCGAGCAAAUACAGUAUGCUUUGAGGGUCUACUGGCUUCUCUUCAUCACAGAGCGAGCGCACUCCUUGCAGCACGAUGUGCCAACGACAUUGAAGCGAGCUCCCAAUCUUCCCAGGCUAGAAGACUUACAUGAUGGAUCAGUUACACCUGCGUUCGUCCAACUUUGUCGGCUGUUCAAUAUCCUAGAUGUCACCAUAACAGCUGAACCUGCAGCUGCGCGCCACGCUCUUGCAUUAGCUCAGCAACAACUUAGCAGUGACGAAGACCCUCGCAGUCUUGAGAAUGAGCUCCAGCGCGCAGAUAUCACAAUGACUCAGCAGUGGAUGCGUAUCUUCUUGUGGCAGCAUGCUCUCAAUGUAACGAACUUGAGCAGUCGCGCCAGUCAGGAUGAGGAAUUCUCGUUCCGUUUCCCCGCUAAGGUCGCCCAAAACGUUCUCAGUAAUCUAAGUAGCCUCUCGCGGGAAAGCGUCGAGGCGCAUGGUCCAGGCAUGGAGUCCAAGCUCUUCGACGUCGCCAACUCGCUUGCUGACGUUAUGAUGAUCAUGCCCUCGCUUAACCACGAGUCUCAUUUCAACGUUGGUCCUAGGGAUCUGAUCCACUCACUAGCGCAAGUGCUCGCUUCCUUUCGUGGUGGCAACCCUGCUGUUAUCAGCAUAUUGCAAGACAAGCUCACCAUGCUUGGGCUAUCCGCUGGGUCGCCACAGAAGUUGCUUGAGCUUUCGUCGCCAGAAGAAGAACACGAAGAGUGGCACGAUAGAUCCAUGUCUGCCCCUUCCACGUACCCGUCCUCAGCCGCCGACCCGUCGAUGCCACCUCCACUUCAAUCGAGCAUGAUCCGUACACUGCUGCCUAUCAUCCAGGAGAUCAAGACGAUGGAUCAUCCGAAGUUGUACAAGUGGAAAGCUUGUCGCCCAGAGGAAAUGUACAAAUCUAAGCAGACCGGCUUUCUACGCACAACCAUAUGUAUGGUGCGAGGCUCUCAAGUACGACACGCAUCCUGCCGAUAA